AAGUAAUCUGGCAGAGGUACAGGUUUUUUCAUUCCACAUUAUAAUGACUUGAUUGAAAUGAAGGGUCAUUUGCAUUGGUUAAACCUGACACUUGUUUUUGCUGGAGUUGUUCUUCAGACGUUCCUGAACUUGUUUUACAGUUCAUAUUCAUGAGAAACAGAAUGCACUUAUGCCAGAAGAUAAGUGGAGGCAGCUCCAUGAUGUCACUGGCGGGGGGUAUCACACUCCUCCCGUCCGUCAGAGCGGAGCGCGUUACUGGGAGCGGAACAGGGGUGCCCCUCCCUCAGAAUUGAGUGCGGCGAGGAAGAGGAACAGUAAAAGAAGUUAUCACUCAUCAUGUUUGGCAUGUCUCGGGUAUGAGUUUGAAGCGCGGCCCCUGCCUUUGGACCCCGAUCCCUCAGAGUGGCCCCGCGCCCUGCGACCGCUACAAGCACAGCUGCUGCGCUCACGGGGACAGCGUCUACCUGCUGGGGGGCCGGGGGAAGAGCCUGCUCAACGACUUCUGGAGAUACAACGUCGUGCGUAAUGAAUGGACAGAGCUGGACUGCAGCUGUGAAAAUGCCCCAGAGGAAACGGAAGAGCACUCCAUGGUGAACUAUCAGGGGCUGCUGUACGUCUUUGGAGGAAUUAUCGAUUCGGGGUACUCUGGCAACAAGACCCCACUCUGGGUGUAUGACACAGAUAAAGAAGAGUGGUUGCGCUGGCAGGGGAAGAACACUUACUCUCAGAAGCUGGCACCGGUUAACAGGAAAGGACACAGUGCUGUUGUGUUUGAGUCUUCCAUGUACAUGUACGGCGGCUACAUUGACAUGAAGGGCUCAUCCCAUGAAUUCUGGAGGUUAGAUUUCGUCACUGGGGCGUGGGCAGACCUGACCCCGGACGAGGCGGGCCCCGGGCCCCGGCACGGACACUCGGCCGCGGCGCACCUGGACUGCAUGUACCUGUUCGGGGGGCUGACGGGCCUUCGGGAGCAGAGCGACCUCUGGAGGUGGAGCUUCUCCACCCACUCCUGGAGCUCCAUCAGGUCCCACUCCGGGCCGUCUAAGCUGGUGGGCCACUCGGCGGUGGCGUACCAGGACAACAUGCUGCUGUUCGGGGGCGGCGGGGCCCAGAGCUCCCCCACCAACGGCCUCUGGAGGUUCAACUUCCUGACCCAGGCGUGGGAGCGGCUGGCCGCCAUCACAGCCAGCUCGCCGCCCUGCAAGAUGCAGCACUGCAUCGCCGGGCUGGGCCCCAGCUACCGGCCCCAGCCUCGGGGCGGGCACACGCCCCCGGGGCCCAGACACGCCGGCGCCAGGCUCCGCCCCUUUAAGAACAGAUGCUUCCCCGCGGAGGGCAGCAUCGAGCUGGACACGUUCUGCGUGGAGAGCAGGGCGGCGGGGGCGGAGAGCCGCGCCCGACCGCCAGCCCCGGGGGGGACCUGCCUGACCUUCGAAAACCAGGAAGCCUUCGGGAAAGGGUGGACCGACGUGGACGAAUCGAGCACCGAGGACCUGUCCUUUCCCCUGCCGGACCUGCUGCUGGUGUUGGGAGGCAGACCCAUGGGCGCAAACCCCGGAAUUUCCAUGUGGCAGCUGACACUGACUGACCUCUGAGCUGCCUCCCCUCCCCUCACCUGAGUGGCUGAAUUUUUAAUGAGCGCAGCUUCUUACUUCAGCGGGGAGAGAGGACGGGCGUGGCUGAAGACUGUUGUGAAGGGAGCUGUGGCAUUUUCAUUGCACACUUUAGACCUUCGCGCUUUCAUUUGGGAUCCAAACGUGAGAGACGCUGAGAAUAAAAGUGUUUACAAUUCAGUGCUGCACAUUUCAACAUUGAAGGUUUAUCUAAUUGUUUUUAUUACUUUGUUUUGUAUCUCUAUUUUAUAUAUGCAGUAUUACAAUUGACGUCAGAGCUUGGAUUUUUGGAGACAAAUGAAUGGCAAAAAAAACAAAUGUUAUAUUAGCACAGCAUAUUUUAAAAUAAAUAAUUGUGAAGAUUCUUUAUGACA